CCUCUUUGCCUUUUGUUAUUCUGUUUACUGGACAGAUCAAAUCACGUAAACACCUUCAAUGAAAUUUUGAAGUUCCCGUCUAUGUAAAACGGCUCAAGCGACAUGAGCCACUGGAACUCUGGUGAAAAAGUGAGCCACAAACGCACAAAACUCACCACCGAAACCUAGCUCUUUACAAACUCAUCUGAUAAAGUCUCCGAUCAAGAUGUUCAACCUUUUCGCUGCCGGGAUGCUCUUCGUCUGUCUCGCAGGGAUCUGUCCCCAAAUUUCCCUUUGUUACGGCGGUUGCGGAACACGUCAACCAGAGGGCACCUCCCAGCGUAUCGUGGGUGGUGAAGACGCUGCACGCGGUGCCUGGCCGUGGUACGCCCAGCUUUAUUUACUUGGUUCUUUCGGCUGUGGCGGUACCUUGGUGGAGAACAGGUACAUUGUUACCGCGGCCCACUGCGUCGAUGUUUUAAUAACUCAAGGCGCUAACGUUGCAGCCAACUGGAGGGUAAUUUUGGGCAAGAACAGAGAAAAUGACAGCGAGGGCAACAACGAGCAUGUCAGUGACGUGACACAGAUCAUCAUUCACGAAUGUUACAACCCCAACAACUUCGACAACGACAUCGCCGUCAUGGUGCUUGCAAGUCCACUACCAGAGGAAGGUCAGUUCAUCAACUCAGUGUGUUGGGACGCGGGUGGCAGUAAGGGCUUCGACAGCACCGCUGUGUGUUACCUCGCUGGGUUUGGCACAGUAAAGGAGGAUGGUAACGCUGCUCACGUUCUUCAAGAAGCGAUAAUUCCCCUUGUUGAACCCAGAGAUUGCGUUGAUGCUUACCCCGGAAUUAUUUCGAACAACAUGAUCUGUGCAGGAUCUGUACACCAGGACGCAUGCCAGGGUGACUCCGGCGGUCCAUUGGUGUGCAGUAGACGGGAUGAGUCAGGGAACGUUGAGCGGUGGUAUCUGGCGGGGAUCACGAGCUGGGGCCGCGGGUGUACCAAACAAAACUCCCCCAGUGUUUACACGGAUGUGACUCGAUACGGAUUCUGGUUCGAAGACGUCUUCGCAUCACUCAGUGGGAAAUAAACAAAUCCAUAAACGUGACAAAUGCCAUAAGCUAUCGUUAAUGUCUUAUUUCUAGUUAAAGAUUUUGAUAGUUUCUUGGUUUUUAGAUAGAGUAUAAUAACUUAGAGUUUUAAUCUAUCGAGUAAUGCCCGCAUGCUUCUCGUCUAUUCAUUCAAUACUCUUGCCCUUCUCCUGAUCAUGUUCUGGUGUUCUCAAGCUAUUCUGUGGUUUUGCUUGAAGACCUAUUGUGUUCAUUUUUUUUUUUUUUUUUUUCGUUAUUCUGGAGAAAGUUGCAUUCAGACUCUCAUGUUAUAUAAAAUAGGGCCCCAGAUGGUGGUCUUAUAGAUAUAAGGCAAAGAAGAUGUGUCAGACUCACUGACAUAGCUGUGCCGGGAGAUAUAAGUGUAGCUUAGAAGGAGAUUGACAACAUCAUAUUGUAUACCAAGACCUGGCCAGGGAACGUUUCGUGCUGGAAUUGUCCCCAAGAGUGGGUUGUGGACGGAUUCUGAACAUUGUAACAUAGUUUUUUUUAACGUUUUUUUUUUUACAUAAACAUUACCUUUUCACUAAGUGACAUAUAAAAUAACUCUAACAAAACUCGAAAAAAUUAACAUAGAAUAUAAAUAAUAGUUUAUUUCACCGAUUAAAAAACCUCAGUUGACUUCUUAUUAAAUACCUAUAUACCAUCACGAAGGGUAGCAACGGCUGAAACGACAUAAACAUAAUUGGUCGAAUCAUUA